AUGGAAGCAGAAGCAAAUGCUGGUGCUGUUGGCUGUAUGGAUCCGAAGCUGUGGGGUCCUUAUGGAUCCGAAGUCGUGGGGCCCCGCCGUGACGUGUCAAGCCUUUGGACAGCAGGGCUACUAUUAUUCGCUCUAACCGUGUUGACAUUGCGCCGAGUGCGUCUGGUAGAUAGCAUAGGACAUCACCUGCCCUCGACGAUUGAGCUCUUCGUUUGUUGCUGCGUCACCGUCAUGCGUCGUACACCAGAGUAUCUUCCUCUGUCUUCGUCUGCCGUCGAUUUAGAUUGCCAGAGCGAACUCCCCGAGGAUGGAACAAAGACUUGGUUGCGGGCACGCAUCCCAGACACUACGAACAGCCUUGUCUUCUGGUCCUGCGUUUCCGUAAUCUGCUCGUCCAUUCUCUCCUUCACCCUGUUCACGUACGGCACGGUCAUCGCAGCGCCCCAGCAUCUAUCGUCCUCUAGGGGACAGGCAUUGCGCCGACCGAACCCAUACGUGAAUCUCGACAAGGUGCUGCAGAAUGUGACAUACACCUUCCCUCCAAUCGUCAAUUUUCCACCUCUCGUGUUACAGAUCAGUACCUCUGAUCGUCAUCGCACUAUGCGCGAGGAUAGUAGACAAUGGCAUUCACGACUUGGUACGGUGUACCCGCAUGACCGUCAUAUUACUGUCUCUCAUGAGACGUCCACGAUCCUGCAAUUUCGAAACCUCGACUAUGCCAUGGAACGUUGUGUACUCACUCUCACACUUCCGCUCAAAACGGAUGUGCUUGAUCCUGCCAUUUCCAUCCACGAUCCAAGUAUUUUGGAUGUGUGGGUGUUGAACGCUUCCUUGGAGCUUUCGCCACAUAUCACAGGCACAUGGAAACAUGCACCGGCGCGCCGAUCGCUACUUGCUACGUUCGCAGUCUCUCUGGAUAAUCUAAGCUUAUCUGGGGAGUUUCAUUGCCCAUCGGAGGAGUUCACAACGCUGGAGCUCGCUUGUUCUUCCACCGUCUCAGCAUGCCGCGUCGACUUUUGGCAAAACCUGAGGUUGGUUCCCAUCGGAGGAAUCUACAUCACGCAAUCGCAGUCCGUAUUCGGUGGCUCGGGGUAA